ACACACAGCUCAUCUGUGGACAACACACACUCCCCCACACACUCGUGCUCAUACUCCUACACACACUGUCACACACACCACAGAAAAUGGGGGAUUUAUUUGAGAAAAUGCAGAAAAGGAUCCUGAGGGAGGCCAUCAAGAACCAGGCUGAGAACACCAUUGACGAUCUGACAGACAAAAUCACAGGUCGAAAGAAGGAUGAAGAGGAGGAGGAGGAGAAGAGAGGGGGCUUUAAUAUUGGAGGCUUACUCAGUGGUGGAAGCAGCAGCUCCGGCUUCGAUGCUGGAGAUGUUUUCGGCCUGGUCACCGGUGGUGGAGGAAGCAAGAAGCAAGGAUUCGGUGCCGGAGACGUGAUGAACCUGGUCACCGGUGGCGGAGGAAGUAAGAAGCAAGGAUUCGGUGCCGGAGACGUGGUGGACAUGGUCACCGGUGGUGGAGGAAGCAAGAAGCAAGGAUUCGAUGCCGGAGACGUGAUGAACCUGGUGACUGGUGGUGGAGGAAGUAAGAAGGAAGGAUUCGGUGCCGGAGACGUGAUGAACCUGAUCACCGGUGGCGGAGGAAGUAAGAAGCAAGGAUUCGAUGCCGGAGACGUUUUCGGCCUGGUGACCGGUGGCGGAGGAAGUAAGAAGGAAGGAUUCGGUGCCGGAGACGUGAUGAACCUGGUCACCGGUGGCGGAGGAAGUAAGAAGGAAGGAUUCGGUGCCGGAGACGUGAUGAACCUGGUCACCGGUGGCGGAGGAAGUAAGAAGGAAGGAUUCGGUGCUGACGAUGUGAUGGACCUGGUGACCGGUGGUGGAGGAAGCAAAGGAGAUGGAUUUGAUGCUGGUGACUUUUUCAGCCUGAUCAAAGGUGGAAAGUGAGAGGAAAAGGGAGGAGGCAGCAGGAUCUCCUCAUCGACAGGAAGGAGGCACAGCUCGUCCCGGGCCUCUCCUCCUCUGACGGGAGGAGCAGCACCUCCUCACAUACUCCUCUGUUUCCUGAGUUCCUGUGGCCGAAGCCUUCCUGGAUGUUCUGAUGGUUUUGCUGAGUGACUGUUUUCUGUUUGAUGUAAAGAAUAACUCCGCAGCAUGUGGAGAUCAAUAAAAGA